AUGCCUAUAAGAUUCCUGCCGAAACUAUCGUUCGCACUUGGUUGUGGGCGCAAGGCCCCAGUCAACCGUUCCAGAAUAAAGAAGACCCGUGAAGUCCGAACUUAUGACCUCACCGCAGAGGAUAUCCGACGACGUGCCCAAAAACGUCCCCUGAGACUAUUUGCCUGGGUUUAUCCCAUCUUCUUCCAGAUGGUCCUAGAGAUAGAUCACCCAGUGAUUGGUUGGAGCGGGAAAGCAUGGGUGGGCUCGCAAUCGGACCGGGAUACUGUGGGGCCCUUCGAACCCUCGUUCGCACUUUCGGACCUUGCGCGCAUCGGGGCCCGAUCAUGCAUGUAG